AAUUCUAGAACGUUGCUGUGGUAGCGCUCGGGCGCCAUGUUAGGACGAAGGGGAAGGAGGAGAAGCGCUUAAAGCGGCGGGAGCGGGUGCGGGAGUGGGGUUGGACCCAGGGCUGCGGCAGGUCCCCCUCCCUCCCGCCUCAGUGGAUCAUGCCCAGGGCGGCAGCGGCGGCGGUUGCUGGGGGGAAGUGACUGGGCGGUGCCGGCGCAGGAAACGAUGCCGUUUCCAGUUACAACGCAGGGAUCACAACAGACACAGCCGCCACAGAAGCACUAUGGCAUUACCUCUCCUAUCAGCUUAGCAGCCCCCAAGGAGACUGACUGCCUGCUUACACAGAAAUUAAUUGAGACUCUGAAGCCCUUCGGGGUUUUUGAAGAGGAAGAGGAACUGCAGCGCAGGAUUUUAAUUUUGGGAAAAUUAAAUAACCUGGUAAAAGAGUGGAUACGAGAAAUCAGUGAAAGCAAGAAUCUUCCACAGUCUGUAAUUGAAAAUGUUGGAGGAAAAAUUUUUACAUUUGGAUCUUACCGAUUAGGAGUACACACAAAAGGUGCCGAUAUUGAUGCUUUGUGUGUUGCACCAAGACAUGUUGAUCGAAGUGACUUUUUCACCUCAUUCUAUGAUAAGUUGAAAUUACAGGAAGAAGUAAAAGAUUUAAGAGCUGUUGAAGAGGCAUUUGUGCCAGUUAUCAAACUGUGUUUUGAUGGGAUAGAGAUUGAUAUUUUAUUUGCAAGAUUAGCACUGCAGACUAUUCCAGAAGACUUGGACUUACGAGAUGACAGUCUGCUUAAAAACUUAGAUAUACGAUGCAUAAGAAGUCUUAACGGUUGCAGGGUAACCGAUGAAAUUUUACACCUAGUACCAAACAUUGACAACUUCAGGUUAACUCUGAGAGCUAUCAAACUGUGGGCCAAACGCCACAACAUCUAUUCCAAUAUAUUAGGUUUCCUCGGUGGUGUUUCCUGGGCUAUGCUGGUAGCAAGAACUUGCCAGCUUUAUCCAAAUGCAAUAGCAUCAACUCUUGUACAUAAAUUUUUCUUGGUAUUUUCUAAAUGGGAAUGGCCAAAUCCAGUGCUAUUGAAACAGCCUGAAGAAUGCAAUCUUAAUUUGCCUGUAUGGGACCCAAGGGUAAACCCCAGUGAUAGGUACCAUCUUAUGCCUAUAAUUACACCAGCAUACCCACAGCAGAACUCCACGUACAAUGUGUCCGUUUCAACACGGAUGGUCAUGGUUGAGGAGUUUAAACAAGGUCUUGCUAUCACAGAUGAAAUUUUGCUGAGUAAGGGAGAGUGGUCCAAACUUUUUGAAGCUCCAAACUUCUUUCAAAAGUACAAGCAUUAUAUUGUACUUCUAGCAAGUGCACCAACAGAAAAACAACGCCUAGAAUGGGUGGGCUUGGUGGAAUCAAAAAUCCGAAUCUUGGUUGGAAGUUUGGAGAAGAAUGAGUUUAUUACACUGGCUCACGUGAACCCCCAGUCAUUUCCAGCGCCCAAAGAAAGUCCUGACAAGGAAGAAUUUCGCACGAUGUGGGUGAUUGGGUUAGUGUUUAAAAAAACCGAAAACUCUGAAAAUCUCAGUGUUGAUCUCACCUAUGACAUUCAGUCUUUCACAGAUACAGUUUAUAGGCAAGCAAUAAACAGCAAGAUGUUUGAGGUGGACAUGAAAAUUGCUGCAAUGCAUGUAAAAAGAAAGCAACUCCAUGAACUACUACCUAAUCAUGUGCUUCAGAAAAAGAAAAAGCAUUCAGCAGAAGGCGUCCGUUUGACGCCGGUGAGUGAGAACAGCCUCGACCUGUCCGUGGACAGUGACAACAGCAUGUCUGUGCCCUCGCCCACCAGUGCCGUGAAGACCAGUCCACCGAGCAGCUCCGGCAGCUCCCAGGGCAGAAGCAGUCCUGCACCAGCUGUAACAGCAGCAUCUGUGACCAGCAUACAAGCCACUGAAGUUUCUGUGCCACAAGCGAAUUCCGGCGAAAGCUCAGGGGGCAAGGAGAUCGGUUUGACAGGUGCACCAAGUGAAAGCGUUCCGCAGACCGCCACCCAGCCAGCUGUUUCAUCACCGCCAAAGCCUGCAGUCUCCAGAGUCGUUUCUUCCACGCGCCUGGUGAACCCGUCACCCAGACCUUCGGGAAAUGCAGCGACAAAAAUACCAACACCUGUAGUAGGGGUCAAACGGAGAUCCUCACCUCAUAAAGAAGAGAGUCCCAAAAAGACUAGGGCAGAAGAGGAACAACUUGAUACAGAGACAAGUACAGCUCAAUCAGAAGCUGGUCAGACAGCGGCUUCUCUGUUGGCCUCUCAGAAAACAUCCAGUACAGACCUUUCUGAUAUUCCUGCUCUCCCUGCAAAUCCUAUUCCUGUUAUCAAGAAUUCAAUAAAACUGAGAUUGAAUCGGUAAAAACCACCUCAGGGGUCCAUACACAGUAUCUGCCAAGUCCACCUGUCGUCUUCAGAUGCUAAAAAGGAGAAUGGAGGGUCCGAGACUAGACAGGACUGAAAACGGACUUAGGGGUUUUGUGGCCUCCCUUACUGGGCUAACCAGCACUCGGUCGGAAGUCCAGGUUAGUAUGUGAAGCCAGGAGUACUAUUAUUAUUGUGUUAGCAACAGUUGCAUUAACUAUUUCAAAAAAUUACUGCCUUUAAAAAAAAGCAAAAAAAAAACCCCUCAAGCUCUAUUUGUAUCCAUAAUCGACAUCUGGAUUGGGUGUAUGUUUGAUGCAUUGUUUGAAAAAUUUGCAAUAUAAACUGGCAUAAGAACUCCUUAUUCUGACGAUGCACUUUCAUGUUUUUUUUUAAAUUAGAAAGUAGAACUAAUUUUAGAUUUUCAGCCUGAUGGAGUUUCAUUUUCCUGAAGAAUUUCCUUCCCCUUUAGUCUUCAAAUUGGAUACCGUCGUGCAGGUGCACCGCCGUCCUUCAGGGAAGGGCCCGGAGGCCACCCAGUGCAGUCCCUGGGGGCAGCUGUUGCCCGUCAGCUGGAUGGCCAGUUCUAGGGUGUAUAUUUAACAUCGGAAGAAGAAUUAGGAAACUCUUGGUUUGAUGGGGUCAUGAUUAAGAAAUGAUAUAUUGGUUUUAUUUAUAGAAUUGUUUAGAGUGCAUAUAAAUCAGCGAUCAGCCAGCAAACAUUUUUCCUUUGAGCUCAUUAAAGCUCCAUAUUCUUUUGCCUUCAAUCUGUUGUCUGUGAAACAAACGAACCCUUUUGCUUUCCCCCCCUCGCUCUUUUCCCCUCUGCUUGUGUGCACAAGGCAGGGCGGCUCCAGACGAGACUACUUGCCAGUGUUUUUUCGCACCGCGGUGUGGAGCCGGCGGCCCCGAGGCCGCAUGCACACGCCACGCAGUGUCAGCCCGUGGCUGAGGCCUGGGAAUGUGCUGCCUCGGGGGUGCCCACCGGGGCUCUGCGUGGGGGGAUUUUGUGUGCUCCGCAGAGCUGUCGGCAGCAAAGUUGAUUUUUCAGUUUAAAAAAUGUGGGCAAAAGAUAUUUUUUCCAAGAAUUUUAAACUAACUUUUACUUUUAAAUGGUUGACCAAAAUUUGUCAGUAAACUUUAUGUGUAGAAGCAUUUAAAAAAUCAUUUCUAGCAAGCACUUGACAUCUAGUCAGCUCUCUCUGCUCCUCCGUUUUGCGUUAUCCUGUCGAUGGAUUAGGAACUCUUUUCUUUAAAGGGAAUAACUCCUCCAAAGGAAGCAGCAGAACCUCCAUCUUCACAAACUCUGAGGGACGCCAGAUGUUGAUAAACUCUCUCUCCAUCUGGACAGAGCCAGCCUGGCCGGUCUUUCCGACAAGCGUGUCCCACGCCCUCCGCGGUGUUCCAUUUUGGCACACGUGCAUUUUCCUGUUAAACUGCAGCUCCGUAAACUCUUCCCCGUCCUUCUAAAUUGAUUUCCCAGUCACAGUGCAGUCUCUCCCCCUUGGGCUCCACAUUGAUUGAGGCUUUCUUUUCACCACACUUUGGACGUCUAGCACGGCACCUCCCUCAGUCAUCUUGGCUCUGCACAGCCACCUUGCCCUUCCUCCCACCACCUGCGAAGAGACGGUCGUGCUAACAGGUGAAGUGUACGAGGUGUCCGUGUGUUUUGUGUAGCUUCAGAGUUAGAUCGGAAUUGCCAGGCACAGAUUUAGUCUUGUCAUUUUGUUUACAGAUUGGGGAAAAAUUCAGUUCAUUAAACGUUUCAUGUAACUGCACCCAAGUUUUGCCAAGCUGGAGACUUGGACCUUUUCUGUGUAGUGACUUUUUAAUUCUAGUUUCCAUAACCUGGAGAUCAGACUGUUGCCUUCGCAUGAUGUACGUAGUGUCCCAUGACUGGGGUUUGCUUUGUUUUAUAGUGUCUGUACUCCUUGUAUUUUUCAAGAGCUAUUUUGUAAACAGAUGAUGUAUUUCUCCAUUGAAAACACAAUAAAAAACAACAGCAGCACAA